GUUGGCCUCUCCCCUCUCCCCCCCCCCAUCCCCCACCACAUUCGCCGGCCGAUACGCGGAGGAGGAAGCGGGAUCGGAAUCGGCAUCGGCUAGCUAGCUAUGAUCAUCCCCAACUCGUCGUCGCAGCCUCCCCCCUUCAUCUGAAUUCGCUUUGCAAUCGAAUUCGGAUCCGAUUGGACUAAUCCCCGCGCCGCCACAUACUAUGGUGUACGCCCCGCGCCGCCCAUCGCGCUCCUCGUCUUCUUCUUCUUCUUCAUCGCCGAUGCUCCACAAGAACCUCCGCGCGCUCGGCCCCGGCUUGAAUCCCUUCGCUCCCUUCGGCAUGGGCAACUACUCCUCUUCCUCCUCCCGCUAAUCAUCUCGUCUCCUCUCUUCCGAUUCCAAUCUCCCGUUUCCUACUGCUGCUGCUGCUGCUGCUGCUGCUAAUUACUAGCGAUCUCCGAUUCCGGUUGCUUCCCUCCUCCCUCUCUGCUGCGUGCCCCGUUUGCUUGAUUGCUUUGGAUCUGAGUCCGCCUCGCCUCAUCUGCCAAAGACCCCACACGGAAUACAAGACUAAAGCAUGGUGCAGGUGCCCAGGUCGCUCAGCAUGAGCCGGCUCCGGAGCAGCCACGAUGCUGACGACCGUGGCUGGAACCCGCUCCAUGUCGCCGCCCGCAAGGGAGACCUCAAGGAGGUACGGCGUCUCCUGGAUGAGGGGAUGGACGUCAAUGCACCUGCAUGGGGACCGAAAGCACCUGGUGCUACUGCACUACAUCUGGCUGCUCAGGGCGGACAUGUUAAAAUCAUGGAUGAACUACUGGAGCGUGGUGCAAAUAUUGAUGCUCGAACUAAAGGGGCUUGCGGCUGGACACCUCUACACAUUGCUGCCAAGGAAAGGAACAAGAGGGCUGUCAGAUUCCUGGUUGAGAAUGGUGCAUUCCUGCCUCCUGAGAUGAAUGAUCACAGGUUCAAUCCUCCCCUCCAUUACUGCUCUGGAUUGGAAUGGGCAUACGAGAUGAAGCGCAUGCAAGACGGAAGUGACUCAGCAGGUGAAACUUCCUUGAGCUCGGAGAAUUAGAGGGAGGAAGUGCACUUUGACGGUUUCCAGACAUGGGUAAGUGCAGUUAUAUGUUGUAAUGCUGAAGCUGGAUUUAUAAUGCCAUGUUGUAGUGUGUGAUGCCGCGAGCAUAUGUCCUGAAGUUGCUACCAUGCUGUGUUGGUAACUGGCGUGUACUCUGCUAAAUCGAAUCGAUACAUUACAUGGUACUCUGCUGGAAGGGUUCUGGUUCUAUGUUGUUGCAUUGUAUACUCGGUUACGUUGGCCUUUGCUACACAUUUUAAUAUCUGAGUGAACGUUCUAAGUAAA